ACUGUCAAACGAAAACCGCAAGAUCUGAAUAAAGUAGUCUCGACGGUAAGUCCGACGGGGUGAGUGACUUACCUGUCUUUGAAAGCGCGAUUCAUUUUCUCGCUGAAUUCUUUUAGGAAAAGGUUCUCUCUUCAGAGUGAAACGUUUGAGCAAAGGAGCAGCGCUUCAUAUUGGGGGGGGACACUACUUUGUAGCACUCUGCAACGUGCUGCUAAAGGAGUUGGGACGCACACAAACCCAGCCCAGGGCAGCCAACUAGCAAGCAUCAGGCUUCCUGAACUCUAAACAGAAGCAGGCCUUGAUCCACCACUGCCCCUCCUACUGCGACGGCAGCCCAACACGGGAAUACAAAAUAUGGGGGAUGUGCAGCUUGUGACAACGCGGAUCUCCAAGACCAGCCUGACACAAGGCCAAGGUUCCCCAAGUCAGGAUCCUCCAGCCUUCACUCUCCCACCCCGCAAUGCCCGGGUCAGUCCGGGAGGGACAGCGCGGCUGGAUGGAAAGGUGAGAGGAUACCCUGAGCCCCAGGUCACGUGGUCCAGGAAUGGGAAAGCAGUCAUAGCUGGAGAGCGGUUCGUCAUGGAACAGAGUAGCCGUGGAACCUUCAACCUGGUGGUACAUUGUGUCCAGGAGGAGGAUGCAGGGCGCUACACAUGUGAGGCUGUCAACGAUGCUGGGAGCCGCCAGGUCACAGUGGAGAUCACUAUAGAAGGGAAGAAAUCCAGCCUCCCCUCCUCCAGUAGAACAGGCGGGCGGUUUGGAGUGUCAACCAUGGAGAGCAUGCCCAGUAUCUGGGGGGAGAGCCCCCCUAAGUUUGUGACGAGGCCUUCACGCAUUUUCGUCCGAAUGGGACAGAGUGGCAAGUUCUCUGCCAAAAUCACAGGACGCCCACAGCCCCUGGUAACCUGGCUUAAGGGAGAUGAAGAGCUUCAUGCUUCUUCCCACUUCAACAUGUUUGAGAAGUCGGGAAUCCACUUCCUGGAGAUCCGAGACGUGUGUGUGGACGAUGCAGGAAUGUACACCUGCUCUGUGGCCAACAGUGCUGGGAAGGCCACAGCUACAGCAGAGCUGAAUGUUCAGGGUUCAGGCAGUGAGGCUGGCAUCCUUGGUCCCUCUGCUCCGGUGGCCCCUGUCCCAAAGACAACUGACUCACCCGAAGUCAAGCACACAAGUAACGGCCUGCUCGCUGACCGACGUUCACCUACCAAGACAGGAGACAGGACUGAGACCAGAGAGAGACUCACCACACUCACCAGGGAGACCAAAGGCAGCACAGAGCCGACCAAAGCAACAUGGAAGGCCACCAUGGCGUCUCCCAAGACCACCAUCGUGACGUCUCCCAAGCCCCCUGCAGACCUGCCGGAUGAGGCCCCUAGAAAGCCUGGGGUGGCAACCCCAAAGGCUGCCAGCUCCACCACUUUGCAACACCAUCUAAGAGGCCAGGGGGCUGCUAGGACCAGCCCAGACCCACACAACAGAGCCCCUGAGAGGGAUACAAGGGAUAGGGUGAAGACCCCCCCAGUGGGAGUCCAGAGCCCCCCACAGCCAUCUCCAGAGCCCACUAGAGAGACUAGAAGGCAGGCCAGAGAGAGCAGGUCAGCGAGGGCAGCAGUGACUGCUGGAGCUCCACCAAAAUUUGACUCUGUACCUCAGAGCCAGGACACUAAAGAGGGGACCAAAGUCGCAUUCAAAUGCCAAGUCUCAGGUUCUCCCGUGCCUGCCCUGAGCUGGGUUAAAGAUGGCUUCCCUUUGAGACCCAGAGCAGGGCUGACCUUCCAGCAGGAUGGCAACACUCACAUCCUCACUGUGGACAACGUCCAGAAAAGGGACAGUGGGACGUACGGAUGCACCAUGACUACUAGUGCUGGGAAGGUGUCCUCGACUUGGAACCUCACGGUCAAGAACCCACGGCUGGAGGGAAAGCCCCCUGCGUUCAGCACUGCCCUGAAGGGAUGUUCAGUGAGUGAGGGCCAGGACUUCCUUCUGCAGUGUUCAGUGCAGGGGGAGCCUCUACCUAACAUCUUCUGGCUCCUAAACGACAAGCCAGUGCCGCAUGCCCACUCUGCCUUUGAGAAUGGCCUGACCCAACUCGCAGUCCAGGGUGCACUGCCAGAGGACGAAGGCCAGUACGCGUGUGUCGCUGAGAACAGCCAUGGGAGAGCAGUGUGCACUUCCAGAGUCAUCGUCAAAGGUGGGCUUGGGAGCCUCUACAGUGGCCCUAAGAAAAAUUUCAAGAGGAUGGACCCUCCAAAUGCAGUUGACACCAAGAAGCCAUCGAAGCCAUCUGCCCCUGUAUUCCUACGAGGUCUGAAGGAUCUGAAAGUCAUGGACGGCAGCAAAGUCAUCAUGACCGUGGAGGUGACGGGGAAUCCUCAUCCAGAGAUUGUGUGGCUCCACAAUGGAAAGGAGAUCCAGGAGUCGGAGGACUUCCACUUUGAGCGGAAGGGGAGCCAAUACAGUCUGUUCAUCCAGGAAGUCUUCCCUGAGGACACUGGGAAGUACACCUGUGAGGUGUGGAACGAAGUGGGAGAGGUUCGCACCGAGGCCUCACUCACUGUACAAGAGCCCCAGGACGGGGUGCAGCCCUGGUUCAUCACUAAGCCCAAGUCCACCACUGCCUCCUUGGGGCAGAAUGUCCUGCUGUCCUGUGCCAUCGCUGGCGACCCCUUCCCCCAGUGGAGCUGGAUGAAGCAGGGCCAGGUGGUGACCACUGGGCUGGACUAUGAGAUUCUGCAGAAAGAGGAUGUGGUGUCCCUGCUCAUCAGGCGAGUCCGGUCCCACCACGCCGGGGACUACGAGAUCAGCCUGAGGAACAAAGUGGGGGACUGCAGUUGUGUUGCCACUCUGUUGGUCAGUGAGGGUGCUGUGGUGUCCAGUGGAGAGCACCAAACGCUUGAGCCUUGUCAGCGUGUGGGAGGAGUGGACGGGACAGUGCGAGGCAGAGGAGCACCGAGCAGCAGCUCCAUUCAGCAGCAGCAGGAGCCAGUGGAGUCAGAGGAGCCCAGCGCAGCCCAGGGACUCCUGAAGAGGCGCGUGGAGACCAAGGAGCACCGCGAGGACCAGAUCCGCCUGCAGGAGGCCGAGCAGCGUGACUUCCGCACAGUGCUGGGCAGGAAAGUCACCACCAAGAGCGUCUCCGAGGAGGACCUGAAGGAGAUCACGGCGGAACAGAUGGACUUCAGGAGCCAGCUCCAGCCCAGAGGGGUCAAGCCCAAGACCCUGUCUGAAGAUGAGAGGAAGGUCAACGCUCCCGCGCAGGUGGACUUCAGAGCCGUCCUGGGGAAGAAGGGGGGAGCUGCGAAACCAGGCGCCGUUCCUGCCGAGAAAGGAGAGCCUGCAGAUUUCAGAUCGGUUCUGGCCAACAAGAAGAAGCAGACGAGCUUGGAGAACAACGGGAAGAGCCCUGCUCCAGCAGCAGCUCUGGCACGGGCAGCAGCAACACCCAAAGCUCCUGCUUCUUCCCCUGACAAGAAAGAGAAGGAGAAGAACGCUAUCAACUGUGUGGAUGGUGGGAUUAUUGAUAAGAAGAGUAACAACAUUGGAAAGGAGCCAGCGUUCAGUCAGAAGCUGAGUGACGUGAGCGUGGUGGACGGGGCUCGACUGCGACUACAGUGCCAGGUGACCUGUGACCCCCCUGCUACUAUUACCUGGACACUAGAUGGGAAGGUCAUCAAGCCCUCCAAGUUUAUCAAGCUGUCCAACGAAGGAGGCCAGUGCUCCCUGACCAUCGACAAGGCCCUGCCCGAGGACGAGGGCCAGUACAAGUGCCGGGCAGAGAACUCUGCCGGUAAAGCUGAGUGUUCCUGCAUGGUGCUGGUGGAUGAUCCUACAGACACAAACUCGACUGCAGCUGACAAGAAGAUCAAGAAGCCAUCCACCCCUACCUCAGAGAGUGAGGCAAGGAUAAAGAAACCGAAUACAAAGAUGUCUCCCAAACAGGCUAUGCCCCCUCAGAUUGUCCAGUUCCCAGACGACAUGAAGAUUCUGGCAGGGGAGAAGGUGGAAAUUCUCUGUAAGUUUGGAGGAGCUCCACCAGUCAACUGCACCUGGCUCAAGUUCCGCAAACCAAUUCAAGAGGUCAAAGGUGUUUUAACCAUUGAAACCACUGAGGUUACCAGUAAACUGACCAUCGCAGACAGCCAGCAGGACCACUGUGGCUGCUACACCAUCGAGCUGCGAAACAGCUACGGCUUGAGACAGGCAGCUCUCAACCUUACCAUUGUCGACAAACCUGAUCCCCCUGCACGAGUUCCAGCCGCCUCAGACAUCCGCCGGUCCACACUCACACUGUCAUGGUAUGGCCCCACCUACGACGGGGGCAGCGCCGUCCAGUCCUACAACCUAGAGAUAUGGAACUCAGUGGAUAAGGAGUGGAAGAACCUGGUCUCCUGCAACAGCACCUCCUAUAAUGUCCAGAACCUGCUGGGUCAGCGCCAGUACAAGUUCAGGGUGCGGGCGGUCAAUAUCUACGGCAUCGGGGAGCCCAGUGCCGAGUCUGAGGCUGUCACAAUGUUAGAGGAGGAUGUUGAGGAAAAGGAGGAGGUUGAGGAUGAUGAAGAGAAAGAGCCAGACUACAGAGAUGUGAUCGUUAGAACAGAUGUGAAAGUCAAGGAUCUGUAUGAUGUGGAGGAGAGGCUCGGAACGGGGAAAUUCGGACAGGUAUUCAAACUUUUGGAGAAGGCAACGAAAAAGCAUUGGGCUGGAAAGUUCAUCAAGGCCUACUCUGCAAAAGAGAAAGAUAAUGUGAGACAAGAGAUUGCUAUAAUGAACUCCCUCCAUCACCCCAAACUUGUCCAGUGCAUUGAUGCCUUCGAAGGCAAGUCGGACAUCGUCAUGGUUUUGGAAAUGAUCUCUGGUGGGGAGCUGUUUGAGCGUAUCAUCGAUGAAGACUUUGAGCUGACAGAAAGAGAGGUCAUUAAGUACAUGCUGCAGAUUGUGGACGGGGUUCAUUACAUCCACAAGCAGGGCAUCGUCCAUCUGGACCUCAAGCCUGAGAAUAUCAUGUGUGUCAACAAGACCGGGAGCACCAUCAAACUCAUUGACUUCGGCCUUGCUCGCAGACUAGAAAGCUCUGGAACAUUGAAAGUUCUGUUUGGAACCCCUGAGUUUGUGGCCCCUGAAGUGAUCAACUAUGAAGCAAUCAGUUACCCAACAGACAUGUGGAGUAUAGGAGUCAUCUGCUACAUCCUGGUGAGUGGCCUGUCCCCAUUCAUGGGGGAUAACGACAACGAGACCCUUUCCAAUGUGACCUCGGCCACCUGGGACUUUGAAGACGACGCCUUCGAUGAGAUCUCAGACCACGCCAAAGACUUCAUUACCAACUUGCUGAAGAAAGAUAUGAGGGCUAGACUGACAUGUGAUCAGUGCUAUGAGCACCCGUGGCUAAAACAAGACACUGGCAAAAUGGAGGCCAAGAAGCUGUCCAAGGAGAGGAUGAAGAAGUACAUCUUGAGAAGGAAAUGGCAGAAAACCGGACAUGCAGUGCGGGCCAUCGGAAGACUGUCGUCAAUGGCGAUGUUGGCGGGCGUCAGUGCCAAGAAAGGCUCCCCUACUGAAGAGGACAACCAGUUCCUUGAAUGCCUAGAGUACGAGGAGAAAACCCAGGUCAAGCCCACCUUCAGCUCAGUCAUCAAGGAUGUGGAGGUGGUGGAGGGGAGCGCAGCCAGAUUUGACUGCAAGAUCGAGGGCUACCCUGAUCCAGAGGUGGUGUGGUAUAAAGACGAACAGCCGAUCAAGGAGACCCGCCACUUCCAGAUUGAUUACGACGAGGAGGGCAACUGCAGCCUAGUGAUCUCGGAAGUGAACGGCGACGACGAUGCCAAAUACACUGUCAAGGCUGUCAACAGCCUAGGCGAGGCCACUUGCACAGCCGAACUCCUGGUGGAGGUGAUGGAGGAAGAGGAGGAGGAGGAGGAGGAGGAAUGAGCGGUACGACCGGUACAAGACUAACAGAUGAUAUCCCCUGUGUUUAGCCUUUAAUCUCUUCAAUGGGUCGUUCCACCAAUUAGGUGCUUUUUGAAUGGAAGCAUGUUGUGUGCAAUAGGAAGGGGCAAUUGAAUGCAAGCUUCAAAUAAAUGUUUUUCUUGUUAAAACAUUUCUAGCUUGUAUCUAUGGGUAACAAGGUUGAUGUGUUAUUCUUGACCUGCUCAGUUUUCCACCACGAAACACCAGAAAAUGUCCGAAAAGAUUAGAACCAGCUCACCUGCUUUUACACGAUGAUUUGACUAUCAGAUGUUCAAUGUUCCUUUUGAAAAACAUAUUUGAAAAGGAAUAGGAUGCACAGAGGGACAAAAUGCAGAAUUUUGGCACUUUAGCAAGUCUUUAUUCAUAUUAGCCCUUUACACUGGCCUAUAUGGAUAGGGAUAAGUUGAAAUGUCAGUAACAUGAUAAGAAUAUCCCUGGCAAAUGUGGGGGUAGGUGCAACACAAGACACCGAAAUGACAAGGGUUUGAGUGAGAGGACUAACUAGUGUCUUCAAGUGGCCACACACCUCUCCAAAGUGUACACUGUUCCUAAGAAAUUGUAAUGCACUUUUAUGACCAAAAGAGUCUUCCAACUAUAAGGUGUUUAUUUUUUUAGAUCUCCUAGCUGUGCCUUUGAGGAACUGGAGCAACAUACUUGUCGUUGUUUUGUUUGGAGCACAACCCUGCAUCCAACAUGACUAGCUAAGUUACAACAUACGAUAUUACAGGGUUAGGCUUUCACAAUGCUAUUCAGGGAAGCCGAUCAUUUUGCUGAGCAUUGAAAGGAGUCAUGAGUGCAUUCAGGUGUGUGCGCCGCGGCGAGUUUCUCACAAUAAACAAACGUGCUCGUUCUGCUCAGGACAACCAAGGGUGUGACUCCAUGGCGUCUUGUAGCUGUACGUCAAACAUAGUGAUCGUAAACGUUGACACUGUAUAUGACACGAGUUUUAUGAUAUGGAAACGUGAACUGCACAUUUGGACUCGUGGCUUGCUUGUGUGACGUCAAGGCGGUUGCCCACUUAGCGAGAGGGAUGGGGGCAACUUUUUGUCGGGCGAGGUGCUCAGGUUCAGAAAGGCUGUCAAGUCAAAACCCACAACGCUGCGAGUGUAAAGGGCUACGAAUCAGAUUGAUUUCGUUUUCCAUGUGGCACUUCGUUUAAUAUGACAGGCUUUUAAAAUGCAAUAUUUGUGUACAAUUUCUACUUUAAAUAUCGAAAGGGGUGCAAAAGGCACUUAUUUCGUGGAACGACCCUAAAAGCUGCGUUGCUAAGACACUCGCCUUCUCCGGCACACUCAGAAAUGGGGUUGAAAAUGGGCUUGAUGACCUUUCGCUAUGUUUGUGCACUUUCUUUUCUACUUACUUUUCAGUUAUAGCAGAUUUCAGAUGUUAAUAUUUAUAACAUUACCUUGACAUUAACCACAUUCCAGCUGUUUGUGCUUUAUCCAUUUAUUUAAAGGUAUUUGAUUUCCUUCAAGUUAUCUACAUUUUUCUUCCUCAACCAAACAAGCCCAAAGUGACUGGUGUGUUUGUUAUCAGCAUUAUUUGCAAUUACCCUGGGCUCUUUCAAGAAUGUUUUUAAAUUGUAUUUUUAUUUAAGCACAGAGUCAUGUGAUCAUAUUUGAGCAUCAGUUUAGAGAUCUUCCUUGCAAGCACGUGUCCACGAUAUUACAAAUUUGCAAUACUAAACAGACCAGUGAAUUAUCACAUCUAUAUUUGUUUUGUAUUAGAUGUAUGUAGAUUUAUAUUUCUAAAUUUUUUAUAAAUGUAUCAUUUUGACAAAUUGCAAAUUACAUGUAAUGAGAACACUACAAGUGUAGUUACUCACAGUUACUAAAUAAAUGUUUAUCACAAAAUAA